AUGCGUUUGACAUCGGGCCUAGUGCUGCUGGGUUUCGGCGGGCUGGCCGUGACGCACCGGCCCCCAAAGCCGGAGGGCGUCAUGAAGAUCCCCUCUACCUUGUUCAAGGGCGCCGACGUAUCCUACAAAGAAGUUCCUGCAGAGAUAUGUGGCACCGCAAAGUCGUAUGCUGGCUAUGUCAACUUUCCGCCAAACACCAUGCGCGAGUUUCAGCACGACUACCCUGUCCACACCUUCUUCUGGUACUUUGAGGCCCAGAAGGACCCCCAGAACUCGCCGCUGGUCCUCUGGGUCAACGGCGGGCCCGGCGGGUCGUCCAUGUUUGGCCUCUUCACCGAACACGGGCCGUGCCAGGUUGAUGGCAAUCUCAAGACGAGCCCGAGAGAGUGGUCGUGGAACCGAGAGUUCAACAUGCUCUACGUCGACCAACCGCUCCACACCGGCUUCAGCUACGACUUCCCUACCCCGGGGAACUUUCACCCCAAGAACGGCAGCAUCACCACCCUCAAGUCUGAGACGGAGGGUCCUCCGGCGGACCGCACCGUCUUCCCCGGCGUCUUCAGCAGCCAGAACACGGCGUCGACGGCCAACACUACGGAGAACGCGGCCCGGCUGUACUGGAACUUUCUCCAGGUGUGGACGCAUGAUUUCCUGGCGCACCGUCCCAACGAUGGCUCCAUCAGCAUGUUCACCGAGUCGUAUGGCGGGAGAUACGGGCCCAGCUUCUCGGCCUACAUACUGGAGCAGAAUGCGCGUGUCCGAAAGGGGACGCUGCGUGGCGCAAAGACGCUCAACCUCACCAACCUCGGCAUCGUCAACGGCUGCAUCGACCUGCUUGUCCAGGAACAGUCGUAUCCCGAAUACGCCUACGACAGGAACCCGAAGGGCGGCUGCACGGACAAGAUCGUCGACUGCCUCCACCUCGCAAGCACCUCGGACGCCGACAUGUACGGCAACGUGCCCAAGGUCAACAAGGCGUGCAAGGAUGCCAGCGACUAUUGCCAGAACGAGGUGGAAUCCGGAUACGUGUUUCGAAAAAAGUACGGCUACUACGACAUCACCCACUGCUACCUGGAUCCCUUCCCGUCCAACCGCUAUCUCGAGUACUUGGCACAGGAAGAGGUGCUCAAGGCGCUGGGCGUGCCCGUCAACUACACCGACAGCUCCAAUGCCGUGUUGGCGGCCUUUAACAGCACGGGCGACUAUGCGCGGCGGAACAGACGGGGCUUCAUCAAGGACAUUGCCAGUCUGCUCGACUCGGGCAUCCAGGUGACCCUGCUCUACGGCGACAGCGACUUUGCUUGCAACUGGAUCGGCGGCGAGCGGAUCAGCCUGAGCGUGGAACACGGCCAGUCGGCCGCCUUCCGGCGCGCCGGGUACGCCGACGUCGUCUUGGACGGGGCCAAGUCGCCGGGCCAAGUCCGCCAGCACGGCCUGUUCUCCUUUGUCCGCGUCUAUCACUCUGGCCACAUGGUGCCGUCGUCUCAACCCAAGGCUGCCUAUCACAUGUUCCGUCGGGCCAUGCACAGGAAGGACAUUGCGACGGGAAAGGUCCCGCUGAGCAACAGCUACGGCACCAACGGCACCUUCAAGUCGACAAAGACGCUCAACAUCCCGCCGGCGCCGGCAGUAACGUGCCACGCGCGAGCCCUGUCUUCCACAUGCGCCAAGAACCAAAUCAAGGCCGUGGAAGAAGGAAAGGCCGUCAUUGACAGGGGCAUCGUGAAGCAGCCAUUGCCCGCGCCGGGGACCUGCCCAGCACUUCCCUACAAAGACCCGGAGUGA